CUUCAUAGGCAUAGUGCAUUUUGGUGGAGACUGGAGAGCGAGCCCACACUGACACCAAAUCGGCCAUCACUAUUCUGUCGCUGGCGAGUGUAAUGGCGUCUCUCCGUCUUCCUACUGCCUCGCGUCCUGCGUUUAGAGUCCCUAUCACGGCAGCAUCGGCUCCUCUGUCUCUACCAGCCUUCGCGACUCAAAACUCGGUCAAACUCACCAAGUGGGUUCGGUCUAAGUCUUUCAAUCUCGUGCUCUCAGGGGCUCUCACGGUCGGUCUCUCCCUUGCAGGAAUUGGAGUUGCAGAGGCAAAGGUUGGGGUCAACAAGCCUGAAUUGCUUCCUAAAGAGUUUAGUCCUGUCAUUGAUGUAGCCGGGUUCCUGUCUGAUGGCCAGGAGAAAAGACUGGCUCAAGAGAUAGAUGAUAUUGAAAAGGAUACUGGGUUCAAGUUGAGAGUUCUGGCCCAGAAUUACCCCGAAACACCAGGGCUGGCGAUUAAAGAUUUUUGGCAAGUGGAUGAUAGAACUAUUGUCUUUGUUGCUGACCCCACUUUUGGCAACAUAUUGAACUUCAAUGUUGGGGCGUCUAUUGAUCUGGACAUUCCUCGUAGUUUUUGGAGCCGAUUGGCGGGGAAAUAUGGAAAUAUUUUUUACUGGAAAGAGAAGGGGGAAGAUGCAUCAAUUGAAGCAGCUGUAAUGGCAAUAUCUAAUUGCUUGAAAGAACCUGUAGGCCCAAAUAAUUGCUCAGAGGUAAAAUAGUACCAAAAUGGAUACUAAAAGAUAGUUCUCUCAAUUGUACUCAUCAACAAUUUUGUAAAGUAUGAGAAUGCGUUCAUGAUUUCUACAGCUAGGUGUCAAUACUAAGUAAUAUUACAUAAAAGGCAGCAAAAUUGUGAAUGCUUGUUUCCUCUGUCCUAUUGGAACUACAGCCAGUAUAUGUAUUUAUAGAGAGUCAUGUGAUGCUGUUCCGAAGAGGGCCACAGAUUGAGCAGUGUCCUGGUUUUUAAGAUAAUCACACUACUAGUUCUAGACUGCAAAUAUGUACUUUCAUCAACAUUCUGAAAGGAGGAUAAGACCUCGGCUCCUAAGUUUGUCUGGAAGGAGGCUAGGGACAAAAUCACAGGCUUCAACUUUAGGCACAUCUUAGAUUUAUGCCAGCGUACAUUUGUAGCAAACACCACCAAACAAAAUAUGUGGUGCUGGUAGGUUGUAACAAGAGGGUGUGUCGGUUUUUUAAAGUACUACUCUGUUGUUUAAUCUGCCAUAUGUCUAUAAUAUUUAAGCUUUCAAAUACUACAGGGCUAUAUGUUAUUUCA